GAACGCUCAGCCCAUAAUCAGGCCUAGGAACAUGUCCACCAGAGAUUUAGAGCAGCUACUGUAAUCAAAUUGAAGCCGAACGGUUUGCUGAGUGCUUUAACGAGUCUGUCUCAGCUUCAACAAAUGCUUUCGCAGUCCUUUGGGCACUUCCGGCUUAUCUUCUGAUUCUGGUUCCCGAGCCUCCAACACUGAAAUUCACAGGACAAAGACUCUCAUCACCUAAAAAUCCAGCCUUUUCUAAGGGUGGGAAAAGUGGAAGACAAAACCCAUUUUUUGUCGACGGUAACAAGAGGUAUCUUGGGGUUUUUAAAGUUAUGGACAGAAUCAGUGGGUUAUCUGAUGAAUUGCUUAUUAAGAUACUAUUGUUUGUUCCGACAAAAGUUGCUGUAUCCACUAGCAUUUUGUCGAAACGAUGGGAGUAUCUUUGGAUGUGGUUGCCUAAACUUGAUUACGGUCCUAAUCAUUUUUCACGCUCUGAUUGCAAGAGGUUGAGGUGUUUUCUUGACAGAAAUCUGCCAUUACAUAGAGCUCCUGUUAUAGAAAGCUUUCGUUUUAAAUUAUAUGGCUCUUAUAUUAGACCUGAGAGUAUCAAGCUGUGGGUUGUACUAGCAAUUUCUCACUGCUUACGUGAGCUGGAGAUUAUCUAUGAGUCUAAUCGGGAUAAGCAAACCAUAUUGCCAAGUAACCUGUAUAGCUGCAAAUCGCUCGUGAUCUUGAAACUCGAUGGCACUAUUCUAUUGGAUGUCCCUCGAACGGUUUUUCUUCCCUCUCUGAAGACUUUGCAACUUCAAGAUGUGAAAUACUUCAAUGAUGAAUCUAUUCAACGGCUUCUAUCUAAUUGCCCAGUUCUCGAAGCCUUGUCGGUGAGUUUGCGUGAGGAAGAGAGUAUGGAAGAGUUAACUAUUGUUUCCCCAUCUUUGCAGAGUUUAUCAAUCUAUAUCCCCCAUGAUCUUGAUAUAUUGGGGAUUGAGAUAAAAACUCCUUCUUUAACGUAUCUUAAACUUGACGAUCAGAAUCAAGAUAAUCUCUACUGUUUCAUUGAGGAAAUGCCUAACCUGAUCGAGGCAUAUGUAGAUUUUAAUUUCACUGACAUCAAGAGUCUCAUUGGAUCGAUCACAUCUGUCAAGCGUCUUGCAAUAUGUUCACAGGCUAUGUAUGAUGAAAGUUUUGUCUUCACCCAACUUGAACAUCUUGAGCUAUGUACUUGCAAAGAGGUUUCGCCUGAUCUACUUGUCCGGCUGCUCAAAGAUUCUUCUAACUUACAAGGACUAGACCUUUUCUGCAUUGAAAGUCAUUCAUUUGGUAAUAUGGUUAACUGGAAUAAACCAAGUACUGUUCCUAAAUGUAUUUUGUCGAGUCUACAAACUUUCAACUUCUUGGAAUACAUAGGAGCACCAAAGGAGAGAGAUCUUGUAGUCUAUAUCUUGCAAAAUGCUCUCCACUUAAAGACUGCAGCAAUCACGUCUUGUAAAUAUGACGUUCCAAGAUUUGAGAUGUUAAAGGAGUUGGCACUCUCUUCUAGAGCUUCAGCAACAUGCCAACUCAUGUUUGAUUGAGCAUUUUGAUCAUUGAAAUUUGGCUUGUUCUUCUAUGUGCUCUCGGUCUCGCAUGGUUUUUCAUUAACUCUGAAAACUUGUUUUGGAGAACAAACUUUUUUCUGUAUGUUUUGUUGUUCUACUGAAAAAACAUAUUUAUGUUG